AUCUUCAGUUGUACAAAAAAUGUGAUUCUGUGAUGGUUGUGUUGAAAAACUCACGCAUCACAGGUGGUUGCGGAAGUAAUGUGAAUGUGAAAUUGUGAAUUAAUUGAUGAAACAUAAUUUCAUCAUUGAUACAAUUGUAGAAAAACUGUUCAUAAAAAUCAUCAAUUUAUUUUCAAGGUCAGAUUACCUAAGUAACCUAGAACCUAGAUUAGCAAGAUGAAAGCUGUCGACAGAUUGGCUGUUCUAUCGAGACACCUAUCAACUAAAAAUAAUCCAAAUUUGUGUUUGAAUAAUGUAGCUGCUGUAUACACCUACGAUAACCCUCAGUUCAAUUAUACAUUACCUAAUAGCAUAUUAUCGGAUGAACAACGUAAAUUUUAUGAUGAUAAUGGCUUCUUAGUCAUUGAAAAAUUGAUUCCCGAUGAACUCCUGGAUAAAUUUGCUCAACGAUUCGUCGACAUAUGUGAUGGAAAAAUUGACAAAGGCAAUAUGACCUUAAUGAAGGAUAUAUCACUAUCCAAAACAAAUGCCAAAGGUGAAUUCCUCUACAAUAAAAUUCAGCAUAUAUCUUUUGACGAAGUGUUUACCGAAUACAUGUUUUUUCCGCCUUUACUUGACAUUGUCGAAUGUUUUACUGGACCUAAUAUUAUGGCUGUGCAUUCAAUGUUAAUUAACAAACCUCCAGAUGUUGGAACCUUAUCGUCAAGGCACCCUGUACAUCAGGAUUUGUACUAUUUUCCAUUUCGACCUGCGAAAAGAAUUGUGGCUUCUUGGACAGCAAUGCAACGUAUUACUGCUGAAAAUGGGUGUUUAUUUGCAUUACCUGGUACUCAUAAAGGUGUACUGCAUCGACAUGAUUAUCCUGAGUGGGAAGGUAAUGUCAAUAAAAUGUAUCACGGUGUCCGAGGAUUCGACUCUCAUCCUAUUGUAAAUUUAGAGAUGAACAAAGGUGAUACCGUAUUUUUUCACCCAUUACUGGUUCAUGGAUCAGGACCCAACCUUACCAAAGGUUUUCGAAAAGCCAUAUCUUUUCAUUAUGCCGCUAGUGAAUGUGAAUACAUCGACGUUAAAGGAACGAUUCAGGAAAAUAUUGCCAAGGAAGUAUUGGAAACUGGGAAAAUCAAAGGAAUGGAUUUAGAUUAUUGUAUGUUGUGGAAAUUGAAAAGUCGUCUGGCUCGAGGAUCAGUAAUUAAUUUAUGAAAUUUCUCUUAUAAGUUGUCGUCACAAAUAUGUCCAUUUUCAUUCAAUUUAUAUAGUGAUCAUUCAAGCUCAAGUUACCUGAACAUGAUUAUAUUUUAUUGUACGAUUUCUGUGCGUAUUUCUUAAGUUUGUGAUACUUCUAUUGGUAUAUUAUUGGCGAGGUUUUAUGUUUUAUAAAUUUGUAUAUGUAUGCAUUUAAAAUAAUACAUAAAUGAUUUCAUUCA